AUGAACAACAAGUCCGCGAGACCAGCAAGUCCAGAUCUCACCAGCGCGUUUUAUCAGAUUCCCCUCUCCCAAGAGUCUAUGAAAUACUGUGGUGUUUGUACCCCAUUCCGCGGCGUUCGUGUCUACACUCGAUCGGCGAUGGGCAUGCCCGGCUCUGAAACAGCACUUGAGGAACUAAUGUCUCGCGUUGUAGGACACCUCAUUCAAGAAGGCAUCGUAGCUAAAAUAGCCGAUGACCUCUACAUCGGUGGAGACACCCCAGAGGAGCUCCUCCUUAACUUCAAGAAGUUCCUACACGUCCUGCAUAUCAAUCGUCUCGCACUUUCAGCCCCCAAAACGAUUAUCGCUCCUAAGAGUACAACCAUCCUUGGAUGGAUCUGGUCUCUGGGUACCCUCCAAGCUAGCCCCCAUCGCAUCGCAACCCUCUCGAAUUGCAAUCUCCCAGAGAAAGUGAAGGACCUAAGGUCUUUCAUUGGCGCCUAUAAGGUACUUGCCCGCGUUAUCCCGAGAUGUUCCGAUGUACUCACUCUGUUAGACCAAGCUACCGCCGGCCGCGAGUCCAAAGAGAAAAUUGUUUGGUCUGUCGAACUGUGUGAAGCCUUCAAAAGCGCUCAGAAAACACUUGGAACAAAUCGCAUUAUCACGCUACCUCGUCCAAGUGACACUCUGUGGAUCGUAACAGACGGCGCAUUUAGAUGA